AGCACCUGCAGGCCACAUUUUCCGUCUUCUUUUUUCAGAAUUCGAUUACCCGGACAUCUACCUUUUCAAAACUAAAAACUGUAGGUCUCUAUCUCUUUUCUAUAAAAAGUUAUUAAACAAAUGAUGGAGUCUCUUCUAUUUUGAAAUGAAUAGUACUUAAUUACUGUCUCGACCUCCCGUCUUACCGUUGCCAACUGCUUCUGUUUGUUACACAUCAAGUCUUCUGUUAUUUCUCUACUCUGUAACUGUUGUUGUCAAAUGUAAUGGUUGCUGUGUAUUCACAGGUCAACCUAUAACUCUAUUUUUGAUCUGUUACCACUGUAUACAACAACUCUGUAUGAGUGUAUACACCUUAACGUCCAACAAGUAACCAAAAUAAUCUCUCUAUAGAUGUUCUCUUUAAAAGCAAAACAACAAAUAAAAACCAUAGAAAAGUGACGAGGACGUUUGUACGCGAGCCUCUAGGGUUAACAAAAAACAAAAAAUGUUUUGUCUUAUAAAAAUAAAAGAACAGGAAAGAAGAAAAUCUUAUAAAUUAAUAAGAGAUUUGUUUCACUAUUAAAAAAUUCAUUUACAACUUUCUAUCAAUUCUUCAUUUAUCUUACAAAGGAAGAAACUGAACAGAAAGAUUGAAUGGCAACAUUAUUAGAGUAUGGAGGUACGUCCCUAUGAAAAACGUGUUGUUCUUUUCGUUUUAAUGGGAGUCUCCCCACUUGGUUUUGGCACCAUCGUGUAGAGCACAUUCUGAAACCAAUAGAGCAACAGUUUUCCAGUUUCAACCUUUAAAAGUUUUUUAAGGUUGAACCCUGUUUUUUGAACAAAAUUUUAAUUUUUGAAAAAACUUUUGUUUCUGAUAUGAAACCUCGAAUUUGAUCUCAUUCGAUCGAGGUCAGUAAGAUGUGCUCAUAAAAGUAUUUCCAGCCUUGCCACCUGAGUUUCAGCUGGCUGAUCGACGUUUGGUGCAAAAUGUAAUUUGGGAAAACCUUGCAAGAGGUUUCGCCUCAGGAAAGCAUUUUAAAGGAAAACUUGGGCCAACCUGUGCCACCAAGUCGUUCAGAAUUAGAUUUUACACCGGAUUAGUGUAGGAAUUUCGAAAAUUCGCAGAUGAAAUUCAUUCAAACUCAUGCGAAAAGGCUGAAAAUUGUUUUGUGAACAUACCUUACUGAGCUCUAUCGAACGAGAGCAGGUCUCUAAAAUUAAAAUUUUGUUCAGAAAUUAAAAAUUCGCUAAAAAACGAGUUCAAACUUCAAUUGUUUUAAAAAAGGUUUUGGAGUUUGAAACAGAAAAAACUGUUGAUUUAUACGUUUAGAGUAUGCUCUAUAUGAUGGUGUAGGAAACCAAAUAAGGGACUCUUCUUAAAGUUAAUCUCAUCACCUAACGCAGGAGGCUGGACUCAUAAGCAGCGCCCAUCAUGGCAAGCACCAACUCUAUCGAAUUUGGCAAAAAAUACAAACCGAAUUUAUCCGUCAUCGUCGUCUUCUGUUGCUUCGUCAGUGGCUUCAGUGAAGUCAACAGCACGUUCAACAAACUCAAUUGCAUUCAAAUUUGAUAAGAGGAGUGUCGAUGAGAAUAAUUUUCGUCAAGGCACAGUUGGAAGAAGUAUUACAGAACAAGGAACAAAGAAAUUUUGUACGACGAAAGUAAAAUGGGCUAUUGGGAUCGUAAUAGGUUUACUUGUACUUGGAGGUUGUAUUGGCGGUGCAGUUGUCGGUGUUACACUAGCUGCUGCUAGCGGAGGUAGUACGACGACUACGACAGUCUCUCCUGUUUUUGCAGGAACUACGAUAACAACAACAAUAGCUACGGUUUUAACAUCUACUUUGAUCAGUACUACUAUAAGUACAACGUCAGUAACAAUGGCCUCCACAAUUACAAUAGCCGCCACUACGACUGCUGCAACAACGACUGCUGCAACAACGACUGCUGCAACUACGAUUUCUACAACAGCUGGUCCCAUUUGUUCUGCUACUUAUGUCACCAUGUUAUGGACUGCCUCAAAUGUUGCAGCUUCUGCUUGGAUUCAAAAGAAUUAUACAUUCACUGCUACCCAAUCACAACAUUCAAUUUGCUUUAAUUUACAGAAUUAUGGCCAAUGGAAUCUUGACGAUGUUUUCGUCAGUAGUAACACAACAAAUUUAAUUGUUAAUAGUGGUUUUGAAACUGGUAGUUAUACUCCGGCUUGGAGUAUGUGUGGUCUAUGUUCAACAAAUGAUUGGACGAUAGAUUCUACAUCAAUGCAUUCUGGCUCAUAUUCAUUUAAAACUGUUUGUGGUGCACCUUCUGCAUGGUUAUCUCAACAAUUUUCAACUACAGUUGGAACUGUCUAUUCAGUUUCAUUUUGGGCAAAAAAUGUUUGGCAGACUUCUCCUACUAUAGAUAUUCAUAUUGGCUGA